AUGCCCAAAAAUUUAAAUUUAUUUGGAAAAUAUUUAAGAAGACUUGGGAAAAGUCAUAAAAAAGGUUUUAAAAAAAAACAAGUAAUUCAUCCUAUUCCUGUUAAGGCAUAUGGUAGAGUACCAUCAGCAGCUUCACAAACAGGAUUAUAUCACGAUGAAGAUUAUAAUUAUUAUACUAAAGUAUCUUACUCUUUAAAAAAAACAAGAAUAAAAGUAAAACCAAAUGUAUUUAAGAAGCAUAUUGUUAGUAAUAUUUUAAAUACAAUAAUACCAAAUGUUCGUAUUACAACUAGCGCAUUACAUGCUAUGGAUGAUGCAGGAGGGUUUGAUAAUUAUAUAUUAAAAACACCUCCAGAAGAACUUCGAUCAAAUUUUGGGGAGAAGCUACGAAAUGUUAUGUAUUUUUAUUUGUCCCAUCCAGAUGUUAAAUUAUUUUCCUUGCCUUGGAAAGUUUUUAUGAAUAAAUAUCAACAGAGUGAUUAUUAUUAUGCAGUAUAUCAACAUUUAAGAAAAAAAAGAAUAUAUGAACUUUAUCAAAAGAAAGAAUCAGGUAAAUACUCCCCUUACUAUUUACCUGAUGAUAAAUGUCUGCAUCCACAGAGGCAAGAAUUCCCCUUAAAUACACAAAUUCAAAAUUUAAAUUUAUGGUAUAACAAAAAUAAAAUACUAAAAAAGGCUUUUAUUCAAAAAUUAAAAGAAGCAAAAUCAUUUGAUCAAGCUUACACAGAUCAUCACUUUUUGGAUAGCUACAGAAAAGGUAGAGGAAGGGGAGGUGGUGGAAAACAUGGAAGAACACCAAGAAAGAGAUCAAAAACGUAUAAAUACUUUGAAAUUAGGCCUUAUUAG